CCCGUAAAGUUCCCACGAUCGCUGCUUGCCUAAAGACCGCGAUGUCGACACGACCGCGACCUCGUCCCAAACCACGAGCACGUGUGGCUUCAACUGCCCCGCCGUCGUCCCCCGGCGCACCCACAAAUGCAAUUUCAACACCGCCACCAACAUCUACUGCUUUGAUCAACGACGAUGAGGAUGCGUUCUUCGUCCGGAAUCGUAAUAGAACUGUUGAAAGUUGGAAGCAGUUGGAACGAAUAGCGGAGGGAAAUUCUAAGUCGAAGACUGUGGUGAUAGACAGUUCAGACGAUGAGCAUAACUCGUCUUCUCCCCCGCGGAAGGCAGGGGGUAAGAUUAAGCCUAAGAAAAAGUCCAACAAAGGCACCAGCAGGCCUUCGUGGACUAGGUCUGCAGACGCUAUACUUUCACACCGAAUACUCCUUCAGAAUUUCUUCAUCUGAUGACGACGACGAUAUUAUUCUGGGACGUGUUAACAAGUCUGCUGCUGGUACUAAGCGUGCCAGCCGUGAGCCAGACCGACGAGAACGGAAGCGACAGAGGAGUCGAUCAAAGUCAAUCACACCUCCACCAGAGCUGCCAGAGGAGACACUCCAGAAUGCUCGCGAACGUGUUCGGCGUAUGCUCAACCAAGGCCGCGCACAGUCACCGACAUACGUUGCAGACGAAUCUGUCGACAACCUCGACCUGGAUCCUGAGCUUGCUAAAAUUGCUGCGCAAGUAAAGCAUGAUGCAGAACGUCAGCGUUCUGUCGACCCAAUACACAGCAGAGGCGUCACUCCUGCUAUGGAGGGCGGUCCGGAAACUGUGACCAUCAAAGUUAAAUGGAAAUACCACCCACUGAAUCAAGCCGAUCAACCGCAAAUAUGGGGCUUCAAGAUGAAGAGGCAUGACUCGUUUAAACUGCUUUUUGAUGAGGUAGCGGAUAUGGCCGAAGUCCUCGUUGAGCAUAUUAUCGUUAGCUACAACGGCAAACGUGUCUUUCCCUCUGCAUCACCGCAUGGUAUUGGUGUAUGGAUGGAAGCUGAACUCGAGGCAUGCGAAAAGACAACAUACGAGUAUAUUAAAUCGCAACGCCGUCGAUCACCUUCAGUCAUUCCUCAAGAUGGUCCACAUCACCCACUUUCACCCACGUUCGAAGAGCCCGAAGAAACAGAAAAGUCUGAGGCCGAGGCAAAUGACAACGAUGACAAGUUCAAGCUGACUCUUCGUGGCAAGGACGUUAAGAAUGUCACUCUUACCGUCCGACCUACGACCAAAUGUAGCGCCAUCAUCAAAGCCUUUCUCAAGUCUGCAGGGCUUUCUGACAAGUAUCCUGCUACUGCUCCGACUGGCCGAGGAAAGAAAUCCGUUCCUAUGCCACAACUCAUGGUCGAUGGAGACAAGUUGAAUCCCAAUUGGGAGAUCGGGAAGGCCGAUUUGGAAGACGGAGAUUUGGUUGAGGUUGUUGGACUUUAGUUUUACCUGGGUGAGAUACUGGACUUCUUCCCUGCUAUGUUUGUGACGAUUUGCUAUACCAUUACCUUAAAGCGGUGAAUUUCGAGUUUGGUCUCGUGUCUACUUAUGUGUAUCAUUCAGGUCCCCUAUUUCGUCCUGCUAGUAUCAUACCCUAUCCCUGUCAAUGUUAUUACCCCAUCUGGAUUUUGCUACAGAUGAACAACGUCAAUGGCUCCCAACCGUGUCGCCUUGAUUUCAAUUAUACAUUGCACAGAUUGGUGAGCUUGUACCUUGGCUUGUACCUUGAAAAUUGUUCAGCUCGACACAG